UUAAUAUAUCAAAAAAAAGAUGGAAAAACUAUUGGGGAGAAAUAUUCAGCCCUAUCAUAGAAUCCAGUGUAGAAAACCUUCGAAUAAACGAAAAAAUUGUAAUCGUGGAUUAAAUGUGAACACGUAAAAAGUGCUGCCAAACUCAAAUGUCAAAUUUUGAUAUUUCUACAACAGCUGGUUCAAUGUAAACAAAAAAAUUUCGCACAGUUUUUUGUCAAGUCAGCUGAAUUUCCAAAUUAAAAUGUAUUCGUUGACAUGUGCGCUUGUGUUAAUGGAGGAGGAAGUGAAGUGAGAGCAUCAAACGGAGUCUCAGAAUUGAGCGAAAAAUAUUGAGAGAUGCAAGCAACCCUCUCGAUUGGACGAACAUGUCCGGCAGGUGAAGGCACCCCGCACGACACUAACUACCUUUUCACAUACCCACUCUCCCUCUGGACCCAACCUGUUAAAUACAGCAUGUUUCCUGGGGCUAGACGAAGACGACCGGUGUUACUGCUACAACAACAACAACAUAUGGACGAACCAAUGUUUAUCAAAAAUUACGGGAUAGUCACUCCUUGUCAGUUUGUUGUUGCAUCAGCUCGCGCAUCGCUGCGUAGAGCGAUGAAUCCAAUAGCCGUCAUCGUCAAACUUCUACCGGUACACCCAGGCUGAUUCGGGACUGAAGCUACAAUUAGUGCCAUAACGCCAUAGCCGCAACAUUGCAGCAUUUGUUGAUUAGUCAUGCCGUAUCCAUAAACAAUUAAUAUUGAAGUAGAAUUAAUGACUACAUUUGCAUUUUGUUAUUAAUUUUUUAUCGUUCAUUUCUAAUAUUCAAAUUUUUCUCCCAAAUAUUAAAACAAAUGUAAAGUCUUUCACAGCUGCUUACGGUUACGAGGAAAAACCAAUACAUACAUACAUUCGGCUACGGUUAUGGUUAUGGCGUGGUUGGUUCGACAGGUUGGGUCUAGAGGGAGCGGGGUGUUAGAUGAGUGGGUUCAGUGGGGCAUGUGAAGCGUUCAUUCCCAUGGCAGUCGGUUCUACGCUACCGGAAUGACUAGGAGUUUUCCCGACCAAGGGCUGCCGCCUAAGUAAACUAGCGGGUCCUUUAAUCGUUUACAGUGAUACCCAGAUCAGAACAGCUGAUUGCUAUGGUUACGGUUACGAUUGCGGUACGGUACCACUAAUUACAGCUUAAGUGGGUAUGCGAAGUGUUGGUUAGAGGCAUGUGGGAUAUUUUAUAAUGCUGGACAA